AUGCUGCAGAGCCGACGGUUCAGGGCGGCAGAGAUCGUGGGGGUCCUCACCCAGUGCCGCUCGCUCUGUGAGAACAUCCCCGACCCAGCCCUGCGAGGGAAACUCUACAAUGACAUCGGCCUCGGGUACUCCCAGCUCUGCAUCUUCUCCCUGGCUGCCGAGAGCUUUGAGCGGGCCCUUGCCCUCUGCAGCGGUGAGCCAGACCGGCGCAGGGAGGCUGCACUGCUGCAGAACCUGGGUGCUGCCCACAACGCCCUGUGCAGCUUCAACACAGCCCUGGGCUGGCACCGGCGAGCGGCGGCGCUGCACAGUCCUUCGGGGGGAAAGCCCAGCCUGGGGACGAGUUGUACGCGCCUGUGCCAGGAGCACGUCCUGGGCGUUCAGGCCUACCCACCCAGCUCCUUCACCACAAGCCAGCCCGCUGUGCUGGUCGUGCGCGGGCCGGGGAACAACGGCGGUGAUGGCUUGGUCUGCGCCCGGCACCUGAAAAUGUUUGGCUACGAGCCAACCGUGUAUUACCCCAAGCGCCCCAACAAGCCCCUGUUUGAAGGUUUGACCACCCAGUGCCAGAAGAUGGACAUCCCCUUCCUCCCCGAGUUCCCGGCCGAGGCUGCGCUCAUCGAUGAGCUCUACGGCCUGGUGGUGGACGCAAUUUUCGGGUUCAGCUUCAAGGGAGCGGUGCGGGAGCCCUUCGGCAGCAUCCUCAGCACCCUUGAGCACAUCACGGCGCCCAUCGCCAGCAUCGACAUCCCCUCAGGCUGGGACGUGGAGAAGGGGAAAGCAGACGGUCUCCAGCCCGAUAUGCUCAUCUCGCUCACGGCACCCAAGAAGGCGGCAAUGCAUUUCGCUGGCCGCUACCACUUCCUCGGGGGCAGGUUUGUGCCUGCCGCGCUCCAGGAGAAAUACGCUUUAAACCUGCCACCGUACCCCGAGGCAGACUGCGUCCUGCAGCUGACCUAGGGCUGGGGCUCAGCAGGGGCUUGGGGUGCCAGGUUAGGCUUCGGGCACAGCAGAUCGGGGCCUAAUUCUGCCAAAGCCACAGCUCUCUGCUAGGAGGAUGCUCAGCACCUCACUGGGCUUCAGUCCUACCCAGGUCUGCCAGCAGGAUUAAAGUUCACUGCAGACCAGGGCGUUGGGAUCGAUAGGGCGGCUGCCAGGCGGGCUCUGUUUGGGGUUGCUACCUAAUGUGAGUGCUUCUGGGUGUAGACGUGAUCCAGGAUCCCGGGGUCUGCCAUGUAUCCUGCACUUCAG